AUGGAUAGCGAUGAGUAUAAAAAAGAAGUUGAAGCAAAUGUAAAGGCAGAAAAACUUUUACAGUUGCAAAACCAAACCGUACAGUAUGAAAACUUAGCACAAGAAAGUAAAAAUAACGACGCGGCUAUGCAAAAGGCAAUGAAAAGCGCAGAAUAUAUAAAAGCCAACAAUGACUGGUUAGAUGCCCAAGCCAACGCUAAAGCAGCCCAACUCAUAGGGUCAAUAAGGACAAAAAUACAAGCGGAUGAAGAUAGUUCAAAUGAAGCUUUAACAAAUGCUGACUUUAAGAACGCUUUCGAAGCUCUUCAUAGUAAGGUGAAACAAGUGAACGACUUCUCAUCUGGAAAGAAACUGAAGUCUGAAGGUUUCGACAAAGAGUUAAGAGAAGUAGCACAAAAUAUGACGAAAAUAACAGAUGCAGCAACGAGACAGGCAGUUCAAAGUGCCUAUGACGCCGUUAGAGCAACUGUUGUGGAAAGUCAAGAAAAAGAGUUACAACAGACCAAAACAGACCUAGUAAAUGCUUUCUUAAAAACGAAAAGUCAGGUAGGACAUUACGCUGCAGAUGGAACAUAUGUGCCAGCUGGUGGAACUUAUAUACCACCAAACCCUCCAAGAGAAGCACCUGCACCAGGACUACCUAAAACAUUUACAUCGUCACAUGGACACAGACACAGGCAUGCACCAAAACCAACGCAACAACAACAACCAACACAACAACCAGCACAACAACCAACACAACAACCAGCACAGCAACCAACAGUUCAAAACCCUGCACAACAACAACCACAAACAGAGCAAGGACAUAAAAGAAGUAGAGAACAAGGAAACCAAGAAUUCUUAAAAAUGCUUAAAGAAGAGUGUGGUUUCCCAGAUACUGUUGACUUUAGUGACAGAUAUAAAGAAGCUAUUAGAAAGUUCAAGGAUGGAAAUACUGACCCGAACCUAUUUAGCUUUAUGGCUCAGCACCAAAACGGAUAUAAUCUCAAACCUGGAAAAUACAAGCUCGCUAAGGGAUAUGAUUUAAUAGCAUAUCAUCCAAAUGACAUGGAUGAAUUUACUCCGAGAUAUUUGAUGUCAGAGCUAAAUGACAAUUCAACUUUCGUCAUGAAACGCGUAAAAAAUAGAGACGGAACGAAAGAACAAAAGCUUAUGAAUGCGGAUGACGUAGAUAGGGAAAUUGUUGAAA